AAUAUCAGGAAUUCAGGAUUCAUGUAAUCCGUCAAUACUUCAAUAGGCAUCAACCACUAGUGGGCACUGGAUAGUGGUGAUUGGCGAGUGCCUACUAUCCUACUGCCUUGUGUCACUAGUACUCAAUUAUUUAGUUUACCCGUCGUGGACAAUUAUAUAACUAAAUGGUUGUUUGGUUGGAAAUGUAUAGGGAUAAAAACGAAAUUACACGAUAGGAAGUUAUUGGUAUCAAGCAAUCGCGAGUUCGUUUCGUUUGUCUCACGCCUACUCGAAUUUUACUGCUAUUGACUUAUCUAAAUAUUAUGUUAUCUAAUACACUAGUUGCGUUAUACAAGUGUAAAUAAAAUUCUUAAACUUAUUCUGCAGUAUGUUAUAUUUUUAAUUUCUUUCCAAUUGUUUGUAUAUCUUGUUCAAUAUUUUGUAGUAAAUUUCUUUUUCAUAACCAUGAGUAUGAAACAUUUAACUAACAAAACUCCAAGAAUUCUUCAAGAGCUUAUGACUCAACAGGAUAAUUCGAAAUGUUUUGAGUGCGGUUCUCAUAAUCCACAAUGGGCUUCUGUCUCUUAUGGUAUUUGGAUUUGUUUAAUGUGUUCAGGAAAACAUAGAGGUCUUGGGGUUCACCUGUCAUUUGUACGAUCUAUCACUAUGGAUUCUUGGAAAGAUUUAGAGUUGGAAAAAAUGAGAGUUGGAGGAAAUAGAAAUGCUAAAGAAUUUUUCAAAUCUCAACCAGACUGGAGUGAUUCAAUGACUAUUGAACAAAAAUAUAAUACUAAAGCUGCAGCCCUAUACCGAGAUAAGAUUUUAAACUUAGCUAAAGGGGAACAAUGGAGCCCUACUACAUCAUCAGCUAAAGAUUAUAAUGUAGAUCAUAUUAAAAUGAAGGGUAACCAAUCUCAAAAGUAUAAUUUUAAUGAGCCAUCAACUAAUUAUAAUGAAUUGAGUUCGGGCUAUCAAAAUGAUGUUAACAUUCCAAAUAUCAAAGAUGAAAAAGAAGCAUUUUUUGCAAGAAAACAAUAUGAAAAUAUGACAAAACCUAGCAAUGUACCUCCAAAUCAAGGUGGACGUUAUUCUGGAUUUGGCAAUACAGUUGAACCACCACCUAGAAGUCAAUCUCAAGAUCUUCUUGAUUCUGCAGUGUCAUCAUUUUCUAGUGGAUGGUCUUUAUUUUCCUCAUCUGCAUCAAAACUAGCAUCUCAAGCAACACAAAGUGCCAUUAAAAUAGGUGGACUAGCCACUCAAAAGGUAUCAGAUAUAACUACUGACAUAAGCUCAAAGAUAAAAGAAGGUACAUUAAUUGAUGACGUAUCCACUCAAUUUUCUUCUAUGACUACAAAGGUGAACGAUUUAGGUCGUAAAGAAUGGCAAAAUAUCACUGGCAGUAAUAUUCCAACACCACCAAAAUCACAAUCGACUAAUUUUGUAGCCCAUUCCACUGAGAACUCUUCAUUAAUUUCUGAUGGUUCUUCUGGAAAUCAAAAAAAUGUGCAGCGGAAAAACAGCUGGACGUCUUGGGAUGUUAAUAAUACUCAUGCAUCGUCCUCAGAUCAAACAACUGAAAAAUAUCAACCAAUUCAAGAUGAAUGGAAUAACAAAUGGGAUAAUAAUUGGUAGAUCUGCAUCAAAAUUUGUAUUAAGUUUUUAUUUUAAAAAAUUUAAAGAUAUAAAUAUUUAUAAAUGUUAUUUUUCAUUUUAAACAUACAAUUAUAUUGUCUUCGUUUAAAAAAAAUUAAAUGUCAUUUAGAAAAUUAUAUUAUAUUAUAUUAUAUUAUAUACUUUAUUUACGCUGAAUUGUACAACAUCUUCAUAAAUUCUACAAACCCAUAUUUAUAGGUCACGUCCAUGUGUAAGAGACUGUUAAAUAUUUGAAGAACUAUUAAGUUAAAAUAAAUAUUUAUACAUCCCAUUAUUAAUAUAUUAAAUUGAAUGUUAUGAAUUUUAAUAUGUUAUUAUUAUA